AGGAAAGUGGCAGUAAAUGAAUACGACUUGGUGAACAAUGAAUAGAAUGUACAGCGGUGGGAAUUGUUCUCCAAUGAAAAGGAAGAAGAGGAAAAGUCCGAACAAUGAGAGACACGGACGAAGCGAGUAGCGAUGCGGGGGAAAGAUGGUAGAGGGAGGAUGUGGCGUGGGCGUGGCGUAGGGAGUGAAAGGUGAAUAAAGGUGCGAUGAUGGAAUGAACAGAGUGUAAUGCGAUGCCGUUGUACAUGCAGUAAAGGGUGAAGAUUCAAGAAUAAGGGAAAUACAAUUAGAGAGAGGACAGAGUAUCUGCCCAGGUAUGAGAAAAGAAGAAGUAGAAGAAGAGAAGGGAGCGAAGAUUAUGGCAAUACAAGAGAAUAUAGUACAAGGAAAAUGGGACGGACACAAUAGAAAGAGAGACCAAAGGAGGAUACGUAGGAAGAGGGAAAGGUCAGAUGGCCCGGAGCAUGAUUGUGGUUCGGAGUUGAUCAAAGUGGUAUUCCUGGUGUUGUUGCUGGUGUUGGUGCUCGUGCUGGCUGCUGAUGUGAUGGGCAAUGUGAUGCGCAACCACCGCGUGUGUGAAUGCUUGCCUCUGUAUGGACUGUGGAUGUGUGUGCGUGAAUGGGUAUGGAUGCGGAUGUGGGUGUGGAUCGCGACGGCGCAGAACGACCGCGCGGGUGAAUGAAAUUGAUGCUGCAAUACAACACAAAUCAGAAGAAAAGAUGGGAAUGGAGUUAAAUAAAUGAGAGAAUGAGAGGGAAGAAAAGGUUUGAGAGAGGGCAACCUCAAGGCUACCUAAAACCCCCCUCCCGUUCAAGGAUUUUCUUUUGCAUUACAGACGAUUACGGCCAGCGACCACCGAUCCGACGACCCAACGACCCAACUGUGCCAACCGUGACAACCGUGACAACGAAGAGCUACGGUUGGUGGUGCUACGGCCUCGUGCUACCCGAACGUAGGUGUAGGCUACCGCUAAGUAUUCCAACUAAUCCCAAGCUUACCGUUGUAAUCCGGGGGCGCGGGUUAUUCAAGAUACGAGCAAUUGUUACGGAGUACAUGUGCAUACAUACCUAGAUGACUUUGCUAUAUAGGGGUUGAUUGGUGGUAAAGAAGGGGGGAGAGAAGCCAUGAGGGAUUUCCACGUCUUACAUCUCACCACUUACUCUUUAUUACUUAAC